AUGCCUCCACCGAUCGCGCCACUGCUCCAAGAGCCAGCCGACCUUGCCUCCAUUCAAUCACUAAUCGAGUCCAACACUGAUGAGAUCUCAUACAUCAAGAACAUGCAGCGCAACAUCUCGCAGAGGCUGGAUGCUUUACAGGAAUCACAGCGAAACCUGUUGAAAAAGCUGAACGCUAUCAAGUCCGAGAACUACAUCCAAGAGAUCAACAGCUUGAAAGCCGAAAAGCAACUUCUCCAAACGAACUCUGGCGUCUUCGCUGGCGAGGAUGCACCAGACUCUACCCCUACUCCUAGUAGCAGGACCGUGCGUCCCACUAGCUCUAUGAACAAGCGCAAGGCUGCCGUCAAUGACAACACUGGCAAUGCUGCACGUCGCCUCAAGACCGAAAGCCCACAGCUGGUACCGAACGAAGAUUUGAAAGCAGAUAUGGUCGUUGACACGCCUGAGCCCAACCCUACCAUCAAGCACCCUCGCUCCAUCGAUGCUGAACCUCAGGACAAGCUCGACGUCACCAUCUGGCUGGACCCUGGAGAUCACGAACUCGAGAUCUAUGAGGACGAGGACGAGGCGACCUCGGCAGCUUGGAAGAAAGAUGGUGGAAGACUCCGCGAGGAAUGGAGAAAGCAGCUCAAGGAGUUCAACAAGAAGAACCCAGAUUGGUUUGUCAAGGCGAGAACCGCUGGCUGCGUUCGUUCUAUCCUGUGGAACGCAAGCAAGUGUUAUCUCACCGUCGAGAAAGAAGGUUGCUACGCAUGCAAGACUUGUUGGAACACUGGUCAUUUUUGUGUUGCUUGGGAUGAACCUGAAGAAGCCUUCUGGCUGCGUCCACAGUUGCCUGCUGCCAGAUCCAAGGACAAGAGCAACAUCGGUCCCUUUGAUCUGGAGAUGUUCAACUCGAAAAGAGCUACUGCAGGUCGCAUUGAUCUGCCAGCCUACUGGAGCAAGGAGUUCACCGCUUGA